AUGGGUGAGUCAAGUGAUGAAAUAGACCAAAUGUUCAGCAAUUUGCUGGGAGAGAUGGAUCUUCUAACCCAGAGUUUAGGAGUUGACACUCUUCCUCCCCCUGACCCAAAACCUGCCAGAGUGGAAUUUAACUACAGUGUGGGUUUUAAAGAUUUAAAUGAAUCCUUAAAUACCCUGGAGGACAAAGAUUUAGAUGCUCUUAUGGCUGAUCUGGUAGCAGACAUAAGUGAAGCUGAACAGAGGACAGUCCAGGCACAGAAAGCAUCUUCACAGAAUCAGCAUCAUUCGGCACCUCUCGAGGCAUCUGAUUUCAGUGGGGCAGCCUCUCUGGGUUAUGGAGCAAACGUCGCUGCAACUACUAUUAGCCACUACGAAAAUGAUUUACCACCUCCACCAGCAGAUCCCAUCUUAGACCUUCCACUUCCACCACCACCUCCUGAGCCUCUCUCUCAGGAAGAAGAAGCAGCCCAACUCAAGGCUGAUAAAAUUAAGUUGGCACUGGAAAAACUCAAGGAGGCCAAGGUUAAGAAGCUCGUGGUCAAGGUGCACAUGAAUGAUAACAGCACAAAGUCAUUGAUGGUGGAUGAGAGGCAGCUGGCCCGAGAUGUUUUAGACAACCUUUUUGAGAAAACUCAUUGUGACUGCAAUGUAGACUGGUGUCUUUAUGAAAUAUACCCUGAACUACAAAUUGAGAGGUUUUUUGAAGACCAUGAAAAUGUUGUUGAAGUCUUAUCAGACUGGACAAGAGACACAGAGAAUAAAAUGCUAUUUUUGGAGAAAGAGGAAAAAUAUGCUGUAUUUAAAAAUCCCCAGAAUUUUUACUUGGAUAACAAAGGAAAAAAAGAUGGCAAGGAAACAAACGAGAAAAUGAAUGCUAAGAACAAGGAAUCCUUACUUGAGGAAAGUUUCUGUGGAACAUCAAUCAUUGUGCCAGAACUCGAAGGAGCUCUUUAUUUGAAAGAAGAUGGAAAGAAAUCCUGGAAAAGGCGUUACUUUCUUUUACGGGCUUCUGGGAUUUAUUAUGUACCUAAAGGAAAGACUAAGACAUCUCGAGAUCUGGCGUGUUUUAUACAGUUUGAAAAUGUCAACAUUUACUAUGGGACUCAGUAUAAAAUGAAAUAUAAAGCUCCCACUGACUACUGCUUUGUUCUAAAGCACCCCCAAAUUCAGAAGGAGUCCCAAUAUAUCAAGUACCUCUGCUGUGAUGAUGCAAGGACUCUAAACCAAUGGGUCACGGGAAUCAGGAUCGCCAAGUAUGGAAAGACUCUUUAUGAUAACUAUCAGCGGUCUGUGGCAAGAGCUGGGCUUGCCUCUCGGUGGACAAACCUGGGGACUGUCAACCCCGCUACGCCAGCUCAACCUUCUACAGGACUUAAACCCGGCCCCGCCCAGCCCAAUGGUCAGAUUCCUCAGGCUGCACAUUCUGUUAGUGUGGUUCUCACUGAAGCCCAGAGACAUGUUGAAACGACUAAGGAUAAUGUGCCAGCCCUUGGUAACAACGACCCCAAAGUGCCCAGAGCCAAUCACCUUCCCAAGUCCAGCCAGCCACCGCUCCCACCUGUGCGACGAUCAUCAGACACAAACAGCAGCCCAGUGUUACCCUUGAAGCCCAAGAGCACCGCCAGUGGCUUCCCAGCCCCACCUGUUGAUUUUCUGCCACCACCGCCACCGCCACCACCUUUGGAAGAGGACGAGCUACCCCCGCCACCCCCAGAUUUUCAUGAAGCUCCCCCGGACUUUGUACCUCCCCCACCACCUACAAUUGCAGGAGGCGUCGGGUCUUUACCACCUCCUCCGCCACCCCCACCUACUCUCACACCUGAAUCCAGGCAGCUGCCUCCCACUGCCACCAAAAAGGCUCCCAUUCCCCCAAAGAGGCAAGAGAACCCUGGUCUACCCAGCGGGGGAGGAAGUGGGGAGCAAGAUUUUAUGUCAGAUCUCAUGAAAGCUUUGCAAAAGAAAAGAGGCAACAUGUCCUAA